AAGGGAGUAUUUGAGGAUUAUCGUUAUCCUCGUCUUCAAUCACUACCAAAAUCCACCUUCUCCUUCUCCAGUCAGCAAGCAGGUUACAUCUCCUUCCAAUUUAGCAUUCCCGUGAAUCCAUUCCCCGAGCUCAACCGUUCUCUCGAUUCAAUGAAUCCACAGCAACCGCACCCGUCGGAAACGGACCUUCCGUUUCCGCCCCUUUCCUCUCUCCGUAUCCAACCGUCGUCGCCGCGUGUCCCGAUCAUCACUACUCCUACCUGCGGAGCCCAGCGCCGCAUCGCCAUCGCCGUUGAUCUCAGCGACGAGAGUGGCUAUGCCGUUCGUUGGGCCGUGCAGAACUAUCUCCGUCCUGGAGAUGCCGUCAUCCUCCUCCACGUGCGUCCCACCUCUGUUCUCUACGGCGCCGACUGGGGAUAUCUCAAGCCUCAGAUCACCCCUAACUCGGGAAAUAAUUACAACAAUGCCAGUGAUGAAGAGUCGCAGCAGAAGCUGGAGAAUGAUUUUGAUAUCUUCACCACAACCAAGGCAGACACGAUUGCGCAGCCAUUAGUUGACGGACAGAUUCCGUUUAAAAUUCACAUAGUGAAGGAUCACGACAUGAAAGAAAGACUGUGUUUGGAGGUGGAGAGGUUGGGGUUGAGUGCGGUGAUAAUGGGGAGCAGGGGAUUCGGGGCGUCCAGGAGGAGUAGCAAAGGGAGAUUGGGGAGUGUUAGCGACUAUUGCGUUCAUCACUGUAUCUGUCCGGUGGUGGUGGUACGAUAUCCGGAUGAUGAAGAUGACCAAAACUGUGGAGUUGAGAAGCCAGUAAAGAAUAAGGUGAUUACAGUGGAACCGGAGCUUCAGCCGGUUCCAGAGGAGGAACAGGAGUACCAUGAUGCUGAGGAGGAGCACAAAGAUGCUAAAUUUUGAAGUGAUGGCAAGAACGUCUUAAUGCAGACAAUGAUCAAGGCAACCAAAAAAAUUGAAGGCUUUUUGGGUGGCAAUGGCAUAGAAGCUUCAAAAUCUUGUUUGGUGAUGGAAUUUUAUACUUUGUACCAAUAAAUAUUGUUUUCUCCCCGUCAAUUGUCCAUUUUCAAGUAUGAAGGGCAGUGCUCUGUCCUAAAUAUGGUGUAUGGUCACUUGAUUUCCUUGGACUGUUUACAAGUUCUUAGCACAGCAUGUUACCUUCCACGUUUUGGAUCUAGAUUUGAUUGCUUUAUUUCAGGAUACUUUCCAUUCAAGGUGGAAUGAAUAAUGCAUUAAUAA